UGCCUUUUCACUUUUCAAACAUGGGAAUGAGUGCAAACCCAAAAACACAACGCAGUGUCAACUUUAAAUUAGGAAUGUGAAUGAUCGCUGAAAAGUAGCCUGAUUCGUUGGGACAGGAAGGCAUAAUAAUGUGAGGUCUAUUGUACUUCGCUCUUUGAACGGACUGGAAACUACGAGGUCAUCUCAGUUGAUGUUGUGAUUUUCAAUAAAUGAUGUGGCAGAUGCACUUUGACUUCAGCAAGGAGCGACUUAAUUCAAAAUUUUUCACUUUUUAGGCUACAGUGACUGCCUUAGUGACAGCUACUGCCGCCAGACUUGCUGCUGCUGAUCUGACCAUGGCUUCUAGAGGUGACAGCUGGCAGCACCAGGACAGAGAGGCGCACCAGCAGCUUAAUCGCCCCAGAGACGACUACCCCAGACCCUCAUAUCCCUCAGGGCCAGGACCCUACCCUCACGUGGACCCCAGAGAGAGAGAGCGACCGUGGUCUGCUGUGGACCCCAGAUACAAUCACUAUCCAGCCAGUCCGCCCCCCAGGCCAGAUGUGACCCAUGGCAGUGCACCAUAUUACAGGCCAGGUUACGGUCAGCCACACUCUCAACCGUUUUCCAGGCAGGGAUAUGACUACUCAUACUGGGAAUACAGAGACCCCUAUGCGUACUAUGACCCCCAUCACAGAGGCCAACAUUAUCAACAUCCAGAUGCCGGUGGACGGUCAUCGCAUGAUCAGUGGAGAACAAACCCUCCUUCUGACAGAGGCCAUGGCCAGGACUGGGGUGGACCGCCAUACCAACAAUACCACAGUUAUGACCAAAGAGGGGAGAGUUCACAGUACGACUACAGCCAAUCAGAGGGACACUACAUGAGGAAGAGUGAGGAGUGUGAGCCAGGUGUGCUGGCCAGCUCCAAGGCCUCAGGUCUGUCCUCCAGCAGUACUGAGCUCAGCCAAUAUAUCAAUGGGGCAGAGGAGAGUGAUUCCAUCCCACAGUCCUAUGCAGAGCCUGAGAUGGUGCCCCAGCUGACCGCUCCGCUGAAGUACACUCUCCCUCAUGCGCUGGUCAGCUUUGGUCCGGCUGGACAGCUGAUUCGGGUCAGCUCUGCUAUUGCCUCAGAUGGCGAACGGGCCCUUGUGGAGUUUCAUAGCCUUGAGGUCAUCCUAGGAGAGUCUGAGGAGCAAAAGGACCUGCGUAACUUCCCUGGACCUCUGGCCAGGCCAGACCUGCACAAGGUGGAUGUCAUCACCUUUGCUCUUCAGAAAGCAGAGGGCUGUCUGAAGGAUGACACACUGCAGGAUGCUCCCUCUGCUGCCCUCUUGUGGAACCUGCUGGUACUGCUCUGCAGACAGAAUGGGAGAAUCGUGGGGUCUGACAUUGCGGAGCUCUUGACGCGAGGCACCGUCUCCCUGGGUGCCUGUGAGGGGUCUGAUGGGCAGGGCGAUGAGACCAGCCUCAUCGACUUGACUGACAGGCCCCCGCCAGAGGAAGAGCCCCUGCACACAGGGGACCUGCUGACGGGUAACCCCACGGCCUGCCCCGCUGACUCCACAGAGGAGGCUCUCAGGAGCUACACACAGCUGCUGCUCUGCGGGAGGAAGAAGGAGGCAUUAGAGUCGGCCAUGAAGAGUGGCCUGUGGGGUCAUGCCUUGUUCCUGGCCAGUAAGAUGGACAACAGAGCAUACACCACCGUCCUGAACAGAUUUACAGGCUGUCUAUCUCCCAGUGACCCUCUACAAACGCUCUUCCAACUGUUGUCCAAAAGAAUCCCGACCGUUGCCACGUGCUGUGGGAGCGACAGAUGGGGUGACUGGAAGCCCCACUUGGCUGUCAUGUUGUCCAAUGAAAGUGAGGAUUGCGAUACUCACCGCAGGGCUAUCAUUACCAUGGGAGACACACUAGCCUCUAGGGGGCAGCUGCAUGCUGCUCACAUCUGCUACCUCACAGCACGUACUCCCUUUGGUGUGUACACGAACAAAGCUGAGCGCCUGGUGCUUCUUGGCAGUAGCCACAGUCUUCCCUUUCUGAAGUUCGUCCAGAGCUCAGCGAUGCAGUGCACAGAGGUGUUUGAGUACAGUCAGAGGCUCGGAAACCCUGCUCACGUUGACCCACCCUUUCAGGUGUAUAAGUUCCUGUAUGCAUGUCGUCUGUUGGACUGUGGCCUUGCCUCUCAAGCCUACCACUACUGUGAGGUGGUUGGGAAGACUCUGCUCACAAUGCAGGAACCCCCCACGGUGCUACUGAAAGAAGUGAUAAAGCUGACUGACAGGCUGAAGCACGGUGAGGACUCUCUGGUUGACGCAGGUGCUAACAGCGACUUGGAAGAACCUGAUUGGCUGAUGGAGCUGCGCGCCAGAGAGAUCGGAGCUCAGAUGAAGCACUGGGUUUGUAAUGAACCAUACCAGCCAGCUGGAGAGAAGAAUGCUGUUGACCCUGACGAGAGCAGAGUUGGAUCAGGUGUGCACACAGGCACUCAGCUGUAUGGUGAAGGCAUGUGGGCGCUCACUGGUGCUGCAACUGCCACUAGCCUGCCAGACUCCCUGCCCGUUGGGGCCCAGGGGGGCUGGAUCCCACCAGUGGACGGCCCUCCUCCAACGACAGGUCAGCUGACGCAGGAGUCCCCAAUGCUCACAGGCUACGGCCAGAUGAUGGUACCCUCGUCCACAGAACCCGAGAGACAGGCAGAGUCUGUGGCCGAGCCUAUCCCACACUGUGCUGCUGAUCAUCAGGGUCCAAGUCUCCUCCCCAUCCAGCCCGGCUCCAGUUACCCCCCUCCUGCCGAAGCUCUGCAUCCUCCCCUCUCCUCUCCUCCAGCAGACCCUCAAGGCCUAGGCAUCUCUUACGGACCAGCAAUGGUGCCUCUCUACACGAAUGGUACGACACCGGGGGGAGGUGAUUUGGCCAAGCCGACCAAGUUUCCAACCCUGCCAGAGCCCAAAACCAAGGACACAGCGAGCAUCCAACCAGGCAAAAGCACCAAGACGGGCUGGUUCAGUGGAUGGUUCCGGAGCAAGGCAAAGGACACAGAGAGGGACGACAGUGACGUAGGCCCUCCUUUAGCCCCACUUCAGGAGCCAACGAGCAGUCCUACUUUGUCAUCGGGGCCACUUCAAACAUCAGUGGAAUCCUCUAGAACAUUAAAUGCCCCCCCUUUGUCCACAGGUGUCAACCCUUUCUCCAGACGAGCUGCUGGAGGUCAGCCCCAGAGUGUCUACAUGACACCGAACCACGGGUCUAUGCCACAGAGUGCCUAACAUAGGACAGGCCCAAAGGAUUCUUCAGGAUGAGGAUAACCCCAAGGAUAGGUCCGCAGCAAGUAAAAGAGCAUUCUAGACGUGGAUGUCUUUGAUCAAGAUGUCUGUCUUAUUUGAUCAAGUCAAAACAGUGGCCAUGUGGGACAGCACCAUGUGGCAAUUGGCACACAUUUCCUUUUUUGGAUGCUAGUUUGGGCCUUUCCGCCCUGGGAGGUUAUGCGCUGCUGGGCAUAGGAGCACGCAGGUCAAGUCAAUGUGGAGCAGUGGAUGAGGGGGAGGAAGAUCGGCUUUUAAGGGCCUGACACUGUGAGGAAGCUCAACAGCUGAAGCCUCAUGGUUUUGUGCUGAGGGCUGUGAAAGGGCUGCUUGAAUGGUUGAGAUGUCCACUUUUGUGUAAUGACUGGAUUGCUGUGCAGAGUCCUAUAAAGCAGGCCAGUUCGUUGAGAGAUUUUCCCCAUGUGAUUCCACACUCUCAGGAAUGCUUGAGGACCAACCGUCUUACCUACUGAGUCUCAGAUGUUACCCUGCUGGUGAGAAAUAGUCUCAGCACCUGCCUUAGCUGGACCCUGGCCUAGUGGUAGAUUUGUUGUUUUACUGCAAGUGGAAUUGCGUGAAUAUCUUGUCAGGCGUCAGAAUGCAAAACGUUAUUUCAGUUGUCAGGAUGUGUUUUUCUUUUUUUCUUUUCUCGGAUUUGAGUCUUGUUAAAAGCUGUUGCCAAGUAUUUCUACUGAUAUAAAUGUCUGUCAUAUAGUUGUCUCCAGACCGUAGUGUGCUUACAACACUGUGACGAAGUGUGACAAAGUGUUACAAAUGUAACAGAAUGAACGGCUAAAAAUGUUAAUGCCUCAAUUUGCAUUUUAUCAAUGAUAAAGGCCUUACAUGUACUGUAUACUCAUGGCAGUCAAACCUGUAUUUUAGUUGCAGAGGCAGAUAUUUGUGCUAUCUGCAAAGUUUAUUUGUAUACAUUAUACUGUUAAGUUGUGUCUUAUCGGUUUCAGUUUAAAGUCUGAAACCUGUGCAUAGAGUGGGAUCUUUCUCAUAUUGAGCAUUUUUUGAGACUUGGAUUAAGAUUACGGUAUUUCUUAGCAGAGCAAUAUGCUAUUGCUCAUAGAAUGUACUUGUCCUUCUUUAUCAGUGUUCAAACAGUUUGUGUGAUGCUAAGCAUAAUCAUUGCAUAGGCCAGUAUAUGUGCAAAUGCCAUCUCAUUUUGAUAUCUGGAGUUGUGUGGUAGAAAUAAAAACUGUCAGACUGUAGAAG